CUCGUUUUGUAGUAACGUCUGUGCUUACGUAAUGUCAAGAAAUAGAAAAGUUUGUCAAAAUUGUCGUUCGAAGGUAAUAGUAACUCCUACACCUCCGCCGCAAAAUGUGUUUAAGAAUUUUAAUCAAGUUACAAGUGAAGUUGGAUAUAAAAUGUUAAUAGAUGAUAUUUUUAUUAAUCAUUCUUUUAACGAAGAACAUUUUCUCGAAUUAAGAAAGAAAAAAGACGCUUCUUUUGAACGAAAAGAUAGUAAGUUAGCAGAACAGUCAAGUAGUGCUGGUCAAAGUGCUACGAUAGACAAUAUUUUUACGGACCUUCAAGAAAUGGAAAUUAGUGGACAGGAUAAUGUCGCUCCUUGGCAAGAAAUACUCAAUAGAUGA